CGCCUCGUGCCACAGAAACCCGGUCAGUUCCACGAGACGCAAACUCGGCGUCUGUUGUUAGUUUUGGAAGCUUGUCAGUCCCCAACAUGACAGAAAAACAGUAUCGUCAGUGACAGUGAAGACUUGGACAUAAUCGUUGGGUUUGUCAGUGUUUAUCGCCGCUCUGUUUGGGAGACUGCGCGGCGGUUGGCGGCGCUUUGUAACCGCUCCGGACUGACCGUCUCAGGCAGAGAGACAUGAGUUGGGCUGAGGAGGACUGGACAGUAGGGCUGUCUGGACGCGUCCUGCAAAAGGUGAAGGAGCUGCAGGUACAUCAUGAGCGACUAUCAAGAGAGAACAAGCAGAAACAGCUGCAGUUGGACAACAUCCAUACAAGCCUUGAAAAACAGGUUGUAAAGUAUGAUGAGGUGCGUGGAGAACUUCAGUCUGUGCAGCGGGAGCUCCAGUGUGUUCGUGAGGAGGCCAAGGGGGCAGUGAUCAGCAGGGAGCGCUUGACGCAGGACCUUCAGACCAAGCAGGCACAAGUAUGCUCCUUGGAGGGCCAGCUAGAUGCUACUCGCACCCUCAACAACAAACUCACCCAGGAAGUCAAAAGACUGGAGGCCGAACUGGAGAAGCUACAGGACAGAAAUAAAUUGACAGAUACCACUCUGUUUUCUACUCCAUGUUGGAGCACACCCUCACCAUGGGAACAGAAUGGGAGCAGAAAGGGUGAGGAGAGGUUGGGACAUGGAGUUGAAACACAGAGCCAAGCACCUCACGUUCGACAGCGACUCCAGUUCUCAGAUAUGCACACAAAUUCACUGCCAAGACAACACAAGAGCACACCCCAUCACCGCCUGUCGGACCAAUUAGAGUCCUUCUCCACUCCCUUGGCUGUGUUUCCGUGGGAACGAGAUGACACCAGGCAAACAGCCAGAAGACAAUCCCCGUCCUCUCCCCAGGCGCCCUGCACUGAUUUCAUCAGUCAAGGCCAGCCAGCCCUGGGGCAUUUGGGGAAGGGCAAGGACAACAGGACAGAGAUGGACACAUCACUGUCAGAAAUGCAGAGUCGUGUAUCUUGUCUGGAAGAGGAGCUGUCAGUAAAGGCCAAGGCGAUGACAUCGAUUCAGAGCAACUUGGGGCAAACCAAAAAGGAGUUGGCUGCCCAAGAGAGCAGCCUACAGAAAGCUCGCUGUGAGCUCAGCCUGGCUCACACCCGCAUUACCCAGGAGAGUGAAAGGGCAUCAGGAGCUGAGCAAAGGCUGAAGCAAUUACAAGAGGAGCUGAAGUGUCAGAGACAAAAUGCUGAGAGCAGUCGACUGCAGCACCAGCAGCGCAGCAAAGAGAUGGAGAAACAACAUCAGAGGGAUGUAACAGAGCUCCAGAAAGAGAGGCAACAGCUGGAAAAGCAGCAUCGGGAGGAGGUGAAUAAGCUCAACCAGGAGCUCCAACAGGCCAGGGCCCUCCACAAUGCUCUGCAGGCCCAGGCGGACAAGCUAUCUCUUCAGAAACAAGUACUAGAGAAAGAGUUGGACAUGCUGAAAGAGAAACUGAAGUGGACAGAGGGACAGUUGCAGGAGAGCCAGAAGAAAGAAGCUCAGACACAAGCCAAACUAACGGAAGCGCUACGUGAGGCAGAGGGUGUGGCAGUGAGUCUGGAGCAGAGCAGGAAGAGAGAGCGAGGUCUGGAGGAGGAGGGGAGGAGACUGGCAGAAGAGCGAGCUGACGCCCUGCGUCUCCUCAAAGACCUGCAGGAACAAAAAGCUGCACCAGCACCUCCAGUUCAGCCUGUGCAGUUUUGCCCUGUUGGACAAAGUUCAUACCCUCCUCCAUCGUACCCACUUCAUUCUCGGCAGUCCACUCACACUAAAAAGCCCACCACCCGAGCUGAACAAAAGAAGAAAGAAGAGGAUGUAGAUGAGAGAGGAGCAGAGCUUUCAUCGCCUUACCCGUCUGAAAGAGAGCCAGGAGAAGGCAUCGACUCUGAACACAUCUCUGUCCUCAUAUCCACAGACUCUGAGGCUUUACAAAUUCUAGGACACAGAAGGAAAAGUAAUGGAGAAAAGAACAAUAGUAGAAGUGAAGUGAUCAAGUGUGACAGCUCUAGAACAAAGGGGCACUCCACAUUUGGUCAUGUACACUCUAGUGAAUCUCACUCAGCUCCUGAUGUGUACACCAACACUUCUGUAGAUUGCAGUGUGAGACUUUCUGAUGGUGGGACUCCUUCUGUUAAGCCUGAGCAGACCAAAGCUUCUGAAGACCUCCAGAGGGAGAAUGCCAUGCUGCGGUCAGAGAUAAAUGAUGUGCGUGAAGAACUCCAGAAACGGCUGGAAGACCUGGAAGCCCAACGGCGGGCUGAAGCAGAGGCCAGGACCCGGCUUAAGCAGCUGAGCCGUAAACAUGCCAGCCAUGCCGUGGAGAAGGCGGAACAGGACAAGGAAUGGAAGGCAAAACUGGAGAGUGAGAGAGCUGAGGUGGAAAUACUGAGGAAGGCCAUGGUUGGUUUGGAGACAGAGGUGAAGAGUAGGAGGGAGGAAAGAGAAAAGAAGGAGCGAGAGGACCAGGAAACGAAGAAAAAUAAAGUGCUAGAAGACAGAGAGAGUGAAAUGAUAGAACUUAAUAUUCAGUUGAAGAAGCAGCUAGCAGAUGUAAAAGCCCAGUUGGCGUUAGAACGAGAAGAGAGACAGCGAGAGGACAAGGAGAGGAACCAAGCUUCAGUCUUAGACACAGAUGUUAAAAAGGAGCUGAGCACAAAAUUGGCAGAACUUCAAGCUGAAUUGGAAGAACUUAAGUGCAGCAAGAAAGAAGAUGAGAGAGCAGGAAAGGAGAGAUUCCUGCUUGCAAACAGUCCGCUGACAUACCUGUCUCUCCAUGAUGAUGAGCUCAACUCAAACAUUGUCCAUCGUGACAGUAAAGUCGUCCUUUCUCCUGAGCAGCACCUUCUCUUCUGUCAGUCCACCAACCAGCUCAACACGCUUGUAUCUCAGGGAACAGCAGAUCUUAUUCAAAAACAAACGGUGAUAGAUCCUGAAUGCUCACCUCUGUCAGGUGCGGGUCAAGCAUAUCAAAUCCCUUCUGACUUGGAAGACACCAGACAAAACUGUCUGGGAGGGACUUUUCUGUCCGACCAGAGAGAUGACAUUUCUCACCUGCACAAAUGUGAGUCUGCUCCCUCACAUUUGGAAAACGAGGUGGCGCACCUGCAGAAAGAGAAAGCAAAGGAAACUGAACGUGCCAACCAGAACCAGGUUAAACUAGAAGCCCUGCAGAGCCAGGUGACACGUCAGACACAGCAGCUUACAAUGGCUUUUGAAAAGCAGAGUCAGCACAUCUCGGGCCUUCUAGCCGAGCUGCAUGAAAAAGAGAUCGCCCUCCUCAGACAGGGAGAGGAAAUGCAACGAUGUAAGCUAGAACUGGAUGCUUUACAGACCGAAAAGGAGGUGGAAAAGGGUCAAAGGGAAGGCAGACUUGAUGUGAAGUUGACUAAUCCCGCAGAGCUUCAACCCAAUGAGGAAAAGGGUUGUGCUGCCACCGUUGAUACUACAUGUUCACUAGCAGAUGUGGGAUCUACUGCACGGAUAGAUGAAAAUCAAACCAAGUCUGAUCCCAGAGCACUUGUUAGUAGUGAAGAAGACAAUGAAGCACAAUUAUUAGAGGACUCAACCAAGACUAAGAGUAACUAUGGCUCCAUUUUUCGGAGAGAGGAGACUGAGUACAGUCAAGAUGGACGAACAGCACAUGAUGCUGCAGAACUGCUCGCUCUGCGACAAGAGAAUUGUCUGCUGAAACAAAGAAUAGAAAGCCUGACCGUCUCUGACACUGGCGGCCUAGCAUUACACACCCACACUGAAAGCAGAGAAGACCCAGUCGAGCAAAACCCAGGAAAUACUGUUGUGUCCUGCUCGACACAGCAGGGGUCAUCUAGUGAGGAGAAUGACAUCACCACUGAGGGUCAGGAGUCACUGCUGCAGGGUGAAAAGAGAAGAGAAGAUAAAGGGACAACAAGGGCUGAAAAGACAUUUGAGGAAGUGUCUCAUCUUCAGAUCAAACACCUAGAGCAACAGGUGGUGGCACUGCAGGGGAAAGUACGGGCUCUCUCUGAGGAGACCCAGCAGCAGAAUGAGGAACUUGCACUGUGGAGACUGGCCUCCCAACCAGCCCCAACAUUUGACCAGAUCCUUCCCAUCAAAGAUGACCACUAUCAAAUCUCUGCUGUUGUAAAAUCACAGUCAAACCAGCAACACACUGAUGAAACAACCAAUGACCUACCAGGGACGAAGAGCGAGGCUCUAGCUGGCCAGAUACGGGUUAUUCAGCAAAGUCCCAGUCAUGUGGCAGUCGUCAGAGAAGAUGAGUUACUCCUCUCCUGCUCUUCCAACAAACUGCAGGGCCAGAUGUUGUUCUCCAGACUACAGCACAGCAACGUCCCUGAACCAGUGAGUACCCAAUACUUUAAAAAGACUGCAGCACUUAAGGAAUACAAUCAGGACACUGUCAACAUUGACAAGGUAUCUGAAAAAGAAAAUCAGGAGAGAAAUGUCAUACAAUCACAGCACAAAGACAAGCAUGACACUGAAGUUAUCCAGAUGUCAUUAGAGACAACGGGUCAACACAUUACCAAAGGACUGAACAAUACCAGAACAGAGUGUCACCCAGAGAAUCCUGUGUCAAACCCAAAGGUUUCCAGAGCAUCUGAUGAAACAAACACGACCGAGGAUUCCAUCAAGAGAGCUGUCCGGACCGAGAUGAAGAGUGUCAGCAGUCAAACGGAGAAGAGCUUGGAUCCUCCAACAGCAUUUAAACUCCACUCUGCAUACACACAGACUGAGGAGGAGGAAGUAGACAUAGUGGAUUCACCCCCUGUCUCCCCCAUUCCUUUAGCUCAGGCAGCAGUGUCAGGAGAGAAGAUGCUGUUUUCAGGUUCCUUCCCCAUCCCAGCUGACCCGGCUCGUUUAGCUGAAAGAAUCCGCCGGAACAGGACACAAUUGUCUGCUGCCUUCGAUGACACGGAGUAUGAGCCGUAUGGACUACCGGAAGUUGUCAUGAAAGGGUUUGCCGACAUACCCAGUGGCCCCUCGUGUCCCUACAUUGUGAGAAGAGGUUUAUUGGGGACAUCUGUUGUACCUGUCCCUCAGAAAGACACAGGAAAGGAAGAGGAGACGGAUUAAAAAAAAAACACACAUCCACAGGUCUGGUGGCACUGAACUAAUGUUUAAUGACACUGGAGCUCAGUGAUGAAGAACAGCAGCUCUACAAAGACACACUCCACUCACCAGUGACGUGAACCACUUCAGUCUUUUACAGCAACACAAACAUUUCCCGUCACGCUGGACAUCCAUACAUGUGUUUACAGGUAACAGGUCCUGCAGUGGGGAAAAACUCAACACUUCCAUCACUGUGGAUCUGAAAUGUCUCCGUGCACACAAGUUGAUCCUGUGAUUGUUGUGUGGAAAGACUUUAUUAUUACACUCACCUGUAUAUUUAGGUGCAGAGGUGCUGCUGAUUUAGGGAUGACACGAUAACAGAGGGAUCAUUUUUAGUUACUCUGAAUUAGCGCUUGGGUCAAAACCAACCGUGGCCUGUUUUUAAUGAAAUGCUGACUCGCUGAUGCUUUUCUAAACACACGCUUGUCAAGAUAAGUGUGGUGUGUUUGCCAAAAAAAGGGUGAAGUCAAGAAGGGCCUCUUUGGGAAAAUAUGAUAUAUACAUAUAUAUAUAUAUAUAUAUA